GAUUGGUCACUUUAUACGUCAAAGAGACACACACUGAAUUAGCAUAGAGUGUUAUAAAAGGCUUGGAGUGCAAUCUCACAGUUGUCUUAGUAAGAAGAGAAAGCUUCAAUGGAUCCCUUUGUGGUCCUUGUGCUCUCUCUCUCCUGUUUGCUUCUCCUUUCACUCUGGAAACAGAGCUCUAAAAGAGGAAAACUCCCUCCUGGCCCCACUCCUCUCCCAAUUGUUGGAAAUCUCCUACAGAUAGAUAUUAAGGACAUCACCAAAUCCUUAACCAAUUUCUCAAAAGUUUAUGGCCCUGUGUUCACUCUGUAUUUUGGCCUGGAACGCACAGUGGUGCUGCAUGGAUAUGAUGUAGUGAAGGAAGCCCUGAUUGAUCGUGGGGAUGAGUUUUCUGGAAGAGGCCAUUUCCCAGUGGCUGAAAGAGCUAACAGAGGAUAUGGAAUGAUUUUCAGCAAUGGAAACAGGUGGAAGGAGACCCGGCGUUUCUCCCUCAUGACCCUGCGGAAUUUUGGGAUGGGAAAGAGGAGCAUUGAGGACCGUGUUCAAGAGGAAGCCUGCUGCCUUUUGGAGGAGUUGAGAAAAACCAAGUCCUCACCCUGUGAUCCCACUUUCAUCCUGGGCUGUGCUCCCUGCAAUGUGAUCUGCUCCAUUAUUUUCCAGAAACGUUUUGAUUAUAAAGAUGAGCAAUUUCUUAACUUGAUGGAAAGGUUGAACGAAAGCACCAAGAUUUUGAGCACCCCCUGGCUCCAGGUCUGCAAUAGUUUUCCUCCUUUCAUUGAUUAUUUCCCGGGAACCCAUAACAAGUUACUUAAAAACAUUGCUUUGAUAAAAAGUUUUAUUUUGGAGAAAGUAAAAGAACACCAAGGAUCAGUAGACAUUAACAACCCUCGGGACUUCAUUGAUUGCUUCCUGAUCAAAAUGAAGAAGGAAGAGCACAACGAACAGUCUGAAUUCACUAUUGAAAACUUGGUGAACACUGCAUUUGACUUGUUUGGAGCUGGGACAGAGACGACAAGCACAACCCUGAGAUAUGCUCUCCUUCUCCUGCUGAAGCACCCAGAAGUCACAGCUAAAGUCCAGGAAGAGAUUGAACGUGUGGUUGGCAGAAACCGGAGACCUUGCAUGCAGGACAGGGGCCACAUGCCCUACACAGAUGCUGUGGUGCAUGAGGUCCAGAGAUACAUUGACCUCAUCCCCACCAACCUGCCCCAUGCAGUGACCAGUGACGUUCAAUUCAGAAACUACCUCAUUCCCAAGGGCACAACCAUAUUAACUUCCCUGACUUCUGUGCUACAUGACAACAAAGAAUUUCCCAACCCAGAGAAGUUUGACCCUCAUCAUUUUCUGGAUGAAGGAGGCAAUUUUAAGAAAAGUAACUACUUCAUGCCUUUCUCAACAGGAAAACGAAUUUGUGCAGGAGAGGGCCUGGCCCGCAUGGAGCUGUUUUUAUUCCUGACCUCCAUUUUACAGAGCUUUAACCUGAAACCUCUGGUUGACCCCAAGGACCUUGACACCACUCCAGUUGUCAAUGGAUUUGCUUCUGUGCCACCCUUCUAUCAGUUGUGCUUCAUUCCUAUCUGAAGAAAUGCAAAUGGUCUGGCUGCUGCUGUGCUAUCCCUGCAGCUCUCUUUCCUCUGGGGUGUUAUCAACCUUUCACUAUCUGUGAUGCCUUUUCUGACCCGUCAUCUCGCAUUUUCCCUUUCCUGAAGAUCUAGUGAACAUUUAGCUUCCAUUAAGGAGAGUUUCCUAAGUUUCACUGUGCAGAUAUAUCUGCUAUUCCCCAUACUCUGUAACAGUUGGAUUCACUGCCACACAAUGCUGAUACUUAUCUAAAGUUGAGUUAUUAAUAUGUUAUUAUUAAAUAGAGAAAGAUGAUUUGUGUAUCAUAAUUCAAAGGCAUUUCUUCUCUACAUGUUCUAAAUAGAAAGUGUUAUUAUUUGCUGGGUCAGUUUA